AUGUAUUGGGUGAGGAGUGGAAGGCCUCCCACAGGUUCUGACAGCACCCCACACUGCUCCUCACAGUCCCCCCACAGCCCACCACACCGCUCCUCACAGUCCCCCCACAGCCCACCACACCGCUCCUCACAGUCCCCCCACAGCCCACCACACCGGUCCUCACAGUCCCCCAACAGCCCACCAACACCGCUUCCUCACAGUCUCCCCACAGCCCACCACACCGCUCCUCACAGCCCACCAACACCGCUCUCACAGUCCCCCACAGCCCACCACCAGGACCGCUCCUCACAGUCCCCACACAGCCACCAAUCACCGGUCCUCACAGUCCCCCCACAGCCCCACCACAAGCACCGCUCCUCACAGUCCCCCACAAGCCCACCACAUACCGGUCCUCACAGUCCCCCCACAGCCCACCACACCGCUCCUCACAGUCCCCACAAGCCCACCCACACCCGCUCCUCACAGUCCCCCACAACCGCUCCCACAGUCCCCCCCACAGCCCACCACACCGCUCCUCACAGUCCCCCACAGCCCACCACAACCGCUCCUCACAGUCCUCCCACAGCCCACCACACCGCUCCUCACAGUCCCCACCACACCCACCACACACCGCUCCUCACAGUCCCCCACAGCCCACCACACCCGCUCCUCACAGUCCCAAAGCCACACAACCGCUCCUCACAGUCCCCCACAGCCCACGCACACCGCUCCUCACAACGUCCCACAGCCCACCACGCCCACCAACAGCCCGCUCCCACAGUCCACCUACACCCACUCCCACAGCCACCCACACGUCCACAGCCCCCACAGCCCACACACCACCCCACAGCCCACCACACCGCUCCUCACAGUCCCCCCACAGCCCACCACACCACUCCUCACAGCCCACCACACCGCGCCUUCACAGUCCCCCCACAGCCACCCACACCGCUCCUUACAGUCCCCCACAGCCCACCACACCGCCUCCUCACAGUCCCCCCACAGCCCCACCACACCGCUCCUCACAGUCCCCCCACAGCCCACCACACCGCUCCUCAACAGUCGUCCCACGCCCACCAACAGCCGCUCCUCACAGUCCCCACAGCCCACCACACCGCUCCUCACAGUCCCCCACAGCCCACCACACCGCUCCUCAACAACGUCCCACAGCCCACCACAACCGCUCCUCACAGUCCCCCACAGCCCACCAACAACUCCGCUCCUCACAACGUCCCACAGCCCACCACACCGCUCCUCACAGUCCCCCCACAGCCCCACCACACACUCCUCACAGCCCACCACAACCGUCCUCACAGUCCCCCCACAGCCCACCACACCACUGCCUCACAGCCACCACAUUCCGCUCCUCACAGUCCCCCAGCACAGCCCACACACCACUCCUCACAGCCCACCACACACCGCUCCUUACAGUCCCCCAACAGCCCACCACAACCGCUCCUUACAGUCCCCCCACAGCCCACCACACCGCUCCUCACAGUCCCCCACAGCCCACACACCCACUCCUCACAGUCCCCACAGCCCCCUAUAAAGCUCCUUUCAGCCCCCAUACUGCUCCAGUGCUCCUCUUGA